GCCCUAGCUUUUGGAGGUGCUCGGAGCGUGCACUCAAAAACAGUGCAUUGCUAACUCAAAAAAUUAUCUCUUACCUUUUCAACACAACAAUUUUUAUCGGGGGAAAUAAUAAAUACCAUCUUGACGGACAAAUAUUAUCCAAAACAAUUUCGCGCACUGCAGCGGAAAAAAGAAGAUUUUUUCGGCGAAAGGAUUUAAAAGUAGAGAAAAAAGUGAAAUGCGAGUUGAAUGGCGAGAAACUUGUGCAAAAAGACAGUUCUAUGAGUUGAAUCUGGUGCAGUUGGCAGUUUGAAGUGUGGGGCUUAGGCGUUGCAGGAUCCACCGAGGAGGCCUGACUCGCGGAUAGGCUCUCGAUCGCGGAAGGAAAAGUGUGCUGACCAAGUGUUUUGAGACUUGUGGGAGUUUGGAAAUACCGUCUGAAGCAAAGAAAAAAAUUGCGGAACACUGGAUUUGUCAAAGAGAGGAGGCGAGAAGAAGUUAUCAAGUCGCCAAGGCGUGAAGUUAUCUCGUGAGUUGGUGACGAUUUUCGCGGUGUAACACUUUGUGUGCAAGGAGAGCCAGGAAGCGAACGUAGUGCAUGAUCUCUGUUUGACGAGGAAUUGCGCGGACCUAGGAGUGCUAGGUGGAGAGAGAGAGAGAGGGACAGGCGAACUCACGGUGGUAGUUAAUGACCUCCGGAGUGGAAAAAACUGGAAAAUUGAUUUUCCUGUCAACUGUUUAAAGCCGGAGGUGUCCCAAGUGUUGUGCUCAUGCUGAGCGUGAAUCGAGGAAAUUUUAUCGAUUCCCAAAUAAAACACACCUCAUCUGCACAAUUACACCCAUAAAUAGAGAGAGAGGAGCACCCGUUGCAGUGUAUGUGGCAAGAGGUAGUAGCCAGGGCAACCCCUUGACUUCCACUGAAGACAGGGAUGUAUUGAUUCCGCUGCAAUCGAGGCAUUUUUUGGACGAUAUGGAACUUUUUGGAAGUCAAAUUCUAAAUCAAUCGUAAAAAAAAAUUCACGACGACAAAUUAUACACACAAAAAGAAAACAUUUUGGACUUAAAAAAAGUGGAGUGAAAAAGGAAAGAAAGAUCAGUGAACAUUUUUCGGAAAAACGACCCAUUCUUCGAGUAGUUGAAGCGGAAUACAGAUCAUCACCAUGGAUCCACAUCAGCAGUUUUGUCUCAAGUGGAACAGCUACUCGUCCAAUUUGGCGCUCACCUUCUCGAAUUACUUCAAAUCCGAGAGUUUGGCCGAUGUGACGCUCUUCUGCGGAGGCACAAUUUUCAAGGCUCACAAACUGAUUCUGGCGGCGUGUUCGAAGCACUUCGCCGACCUGUUCCAGACGGCGCCCAUCAAUGGGUCCUGCUGCGUGAUCCUUGAGGCCACGUCGGCGGAGAACAUGUCGGCCCUGCUGGAGUUCAUGUACAAAGGCGAGGUGCACGUGUCGCAGGAGUCGCUCAACAGCUUCCUGAAGGCGGCCGAGAGUCUGCAGGUGAAGGGCCUGUCCACGGAGCACGGUCGCCUGGCGGCCGCACCCUCGGGCGGCGUGCACGACGUGCCGCUGGAGUCGCCCACGGGCAGUACUAGUCGACGACAGGGCAGGGGAAGCCUCAGCGGAUCCGGGAAUCUGGGACACACAGGGAUUAAACAGGAAUGCGACUCACUUAUGCAUCCCAGUAGUGCAGGCUUAGCGGGAUUCCACUCCUACAUCUCGCCCAUGUACCGUCCUCUGCCAUACGACCCACCCAGGAAGAGACCGCUGCGAAGUCCCUACAUCGAGCAGGAGGCCAGAGGAAGCGUCCUGCGCGACGGCUCCAAGGGCAGCACCGGCAACGCCAGCCCCAUCAGCAAGGGCUACAGACCCGGAAGCAGCGCCUCUUCAUCUGCGCCCACUGAAGCUGACGCCCUGCAGACGGAAAGAACAUCGCCGCAGCAAUCAAGAUACGAGAAUCACAGCCCACCAAGCACAACAGCAGGAAACGGAAACACCCCAACGGCGAUUGCUGACCGAAGUGAGCGGGGUGAGCGGAAUGGAGGAAAUGUGACGGACCCCAUCGAUGAUGAUAAGGAUGAACGAGAUUCGAACGAUGCCGGUGCUGAGGAUUUGAGGGUAAAAAAUGAAAUCGACUACUCACCCCCGCCGCCGACGCUCAGCUCCAACGCCCCGCCGACGCCCACAACGCCCGUGUCCUUCGUGAGCGGAAAGGGCGCCGCCGAGCCCAUCGACGGCGGCCUGCCCGGCGGACUGGCCUCGCAGAUCGCCACGGCGGACAUGCUCAACGUGUGGACGGCCUCGAAGCUGGCCAACAAGGGAGGAAGUGUCAAUACGGCCGACGGCAAGAAGCUUAAGUGUCCAUUCUGCGAGCGACUCUACGGCUACGAGACAAACCUGCGAGCUCACAUCCGGCAGCGCCAUCAGGGCAUCCGCGUGCCAUGUCCGUACUGCACGCGGACCUUCACGCGGAACAACACGGUGCGGCGGCACAUUGCGCGAGAGCACAAGCAUGAACAGUACAACAUCAACAGCCUGAAGUACGAGCAGCACCAGAUGAGCCAGCUGCAGAGUCACAGUCAGUAGGGCGCGGAGUGUCGCCCGUCCGCUGUGCUGCACCCUCUGACCCCAAGGAGGCUCCCUCGCGGUGAGAUCGCGGCGUGUCGCGGCAGGGCUGGCAAGUGAGAGUGAAAGGGUUGUUGACCAGGCGGCCGAGCGCCGCUCCUGGUGCGUUUCUGCUGAGAUUCUCGCGUGAGACGGAGUUUUCUUCCACUCAUUUAUUUAUACACACACACACACAAACACACCCCCAACAGUACACCAAAACGCAAGUUACCCCCAGAAAAGCAAAGAUCCCAAAAAGCAGAGAGUUACCCUCUCAAAGACAUGAUUUACACGAGAUCAACUUCCGCAUGAUCACCGCAAGUGUCGUUAGUGAUGAGACAAAUUUGAAUGAACAGAGAAGAGAAAAUAUUUUUUAUUGAAUCAUAAACUCAAUUUGUGUACAUAGUGUACAAUUUUAUAUGGAUGAAAACAAUAUGAGAUCAUAGAUACUGUAAUUUUGCAAUAAUUAAUUGAUAUAUAGAGAAAACAGCGUUAAUAAAUUAUUCUAAUAUUAAAUUAAUAUAUUGAUAUAAAUGGAUAGUAAUAUAUUACUACUUAUUGAACUCAGAGUACCUGCUACAAAACCAUUUUUUUUUUUAAUUACUUUAUCUACGCCAUUUUUUCAGUCUGACGACUUUCCUUUCUUAUCAACAUUACAAAAGUGACUUCUUUAGCCCGUUAAUUGGACACUUUUCCAAUGUUUCUUUACUUCAAUUCUGGAGUGUUUUGAACAGAAUGUUUUCUUCAUUCUGCGAAGGACACACAAAAGCUAUAUUAAAUAUGAUGAUUUCUUUUUUUCGUAAUUCCGUUAAAAGAUUUCUCCGAUGUGAGAAAUGUGAAAAACAAUUCAAUGUACAAAUCAUAAAUCAAUCAAGUGCUUUUAACUGAGCCAUAAUUCAACUUUUUUUAACAUGAUAUAUUUUAAUGCAAUAGAUCUUAAGGAUUAAAUAUGAAUGAGAAGCCACAAAACCGUACAGAAUCAAAAUACAGCUGCCCAAAAAAAAAAAAACUAUACAUUGACUUCCUUUUUCCCCCGAAAAUGGCAAGUGAGAAUUUUCCGACUGCCAAUAUCUCAGUGAGAAACAUUUUUAAAUGCAAUAUACGUACAGUUUUUUACAUUUUUAAAUUUAAAGAAAAAAAAAACAAUGGAUAUAGAAUGAAACAAACCGGUGCCUCCCAGUGAAACAAUUUUUAUAAUUAAUGAGUAAACUAACGUGAAAUACAAUUUACCUGAAAGUCCGAAAUCUCAGCAGAACGCAACAUGAGUGGUGAUUACGGGUCGUCCUGAUAAGGAUAUGCAAAAAAAAAUAAGCAUUUGAGAUGUGAAGGAUUAUGAAUUUUUUUGAUAAUGAAAUUAUCAAUGAGAAGAGAAAAUGGAGCUGUUGGGGGCGAAAAUGCCCGCAAAAGUAUGACUUAGUACUGUAAAUGACGAUGAUUAAGAGGAUCUGACUGUUCGCCAAGUGAAGAGAACAACAGAGAUCAGAUCCUCUCAUGGAUGAUGAAGAAAGAGAUGAUUUUUGAGAAGAGAAAAAAAUCAACCACGCAAUUCUUGCUAGUAAAGAAAGUUACCGAGUUUUAUAUAUAUUUUUUUCCUUAAA